UCAAGAGACCUUAUUGUGAUCAGUUUAUGAAGUUUUGCCUUGAAAGAUUUGAAGUUGGACUAUGGUCCUCUGCUAUGGAUCGAAACGUGGAACCAAUUUUAGACAACAUCAUGAUUGGCCUUCGAAAAAAAUUGGUAUUUGUGUGGGAUCAAGAAAAAUGUAUUGAUAGUGGUUUUCCAACUGUGGAGAAGCAAAAUAAGCCAAUAUUUUUGAAGCAAUUGAAGAAAAUAUGGGAAAAUAAUUAUUAUGGUGGAAGAUUUUCAGAAUCUAACACACUUUUAAUUGAUGAUGAACCCCAUGUUGCUCUACUAAACCCUCCUAAUACUGCUAUUUUUCCUCCUGCUUACAAAGUUAAAAAUAAGAGAGACACAUUUCUAGAUGCUAAGGGUGAAAUGCAUGAGUUUUUGGAGGGACUAGUUGAUGCUGAUGAUGUUCCAACGUACGUUAAAGGACAUCAAUUUGGACAACCUGCGAUAACAAAUACUCACAAGGAUUGGGAUUAUUAUGCUAAGAUAAUUCGCGAUGCGGAAGAUCCUAGCUUUGGUUGUUCUGAUUACGAAUCUGAGUACUCUGAUUAAGGACUUUAAUUUCUAGUAUUAUGUUCUAUGAAGAAGGUUAAUGGUUUUUCCCAGAACAUUAAGUAAAUCUUUUCUUAGUAAUUGUGUACUUAUGAUGUUUUGGUGUUUGUCUUAUGUUUUUUGCAUGUUGCAAGUCUUUUGGGACUUUAUUUGUCUAUGGGUUGUUAAUGAUAUUACUAUGUUUUGAUAAUGUUUCUAUCAU